AUGCCGCAUGCACGGCCUUUCAACCUGAAGGACUUAAGGCAUUGCUUGCUGUUGGUCGGGUGUGCGGGAAGCGAAGUGGCCUGGAACCUGCGGGUACCUGCGAAUGAAGCCUCAGGGCCAUGGCGAGCCAUGUUCAAGGAGCGCGAUCCUAGAGUGGAGGGCUGGACUCGAGACCCGCAAGAUGAGCGAGUGGCAGCCUUGAGGGAGAAACUGCAGAGAAGCAACUGCAUGCCCAACCUGCCAGUCUUUUCGCCUUUGGACCCAGAUUACAACGUCAGUGCCGUGGCAUCUUUCUUCCACGAGCAUGGCUUUGUGGUAUUGGAAAAGGCGUUGCCGGAGCUCAUGUUGGAGAACUUGAAGAACGCCUCUGGAUACAUCAUGAGGAGGAUUUUUGAAGAAGAUCCAGAAGGAAGCUUUGGUGGUGGAGCUGGGAAGUUGCCACAUCGCUACAGCUUAGGAUCUGGUGGGGAUGUAGUGCUGGCUGGGGCGAUCGAAUACCAGUCCUUGCACCCAGACGCCAUCUGGGGCGUUCUUGAAGGGCCCGUGGCCGAGCAAGAGGUGCCACCAGCAGUCACGAUCAACUUUGUUCUGGAACCCCUGACCGCGCUGAACGGCGCCAUGCGGGUGGUUCCCGGGUCACACCGCUGGCCAGAGCGGCCACCACACCUUCUGGAGGAGCCGGACUGGAUGCAGUUCAACACACUAUGUCCACUCCCUGCAGGCGCUGCCAUCUUCCGAGACAACCGAUGCUGGCAUGGCGGGACACCCAACUUGUCGGAGAACUUCCGGGCCUUGCCGAACGUGGAGUUCUUCCCACCCAAGGCCAAUCCCUCUUUGGGCUGGUUGGAUCGCUAUACCAUGCCAUGGGACGUGUGGCAGCGGCUGUCGCCUUUGGGGCAAUAUGUCUCCAGACAUGUGGUCGCACCGCCCGACGAGGAGAUUCCUGGCCAAGACUUCUACUCCCCGGGUGCCAUCCUGAACAUCAUGCCAUUCCUCCGCUAA